AUGUCAUUCCCACUCCCACGGGAUGGUUCCCGCUUUAAACCAAACGCCGCUGAAGACCCCAUUCGCGACGGAGACAAAACAAAAAUAACUCAAGCAGACUACGUGAAAUAUUCCGAAGACCAAGAUGAGUGGUUCGAUAAGAAAAUGCGCGAGAGGUGGUUCUAUUUCACUGAGGUACUUCCUAUUAAGACCACGUUCAUCACGUGGAAUGUCGCCGAGAGUGACCCGAGCCAAAUUCCAAUCGAGCACCUCUUCGACGACUCAAAAAUGUUUGUUGUUGUGUUAGAGGAAAUCAAUAUGAGUCUGAGUGGAAUGAUGACUUUUGGUCAAUCGGAACUUUUAAUACAGUGGCAAACUCUCUUUGAAUCGGCACUCCCCAAAAUCCGGAGGUACGACUGCGUCUUCUCUCAACAACACGGAGGACUCGCGAUGUUCAUCUUUUCCUCCCGAGAGGAGUGUUUGACGAUUUGUGAUUUAAAGGUGUCUACGGUGACGCUGGGACAGUUUGGUGUAGUUGGUAACAAAGGCGCUAUUGGGGUUUCUUGUCGAAUAGGGGCGUGCCGAGUGCUAUUUGUAGGGGCGCAUUUUACGGCGGGGGAUGGUCCUGAAAAAUGCGACGAGUGUUACUGGACGACAAGAAAGAAUUUGAAUUUUGAGCUGAGACCCGAGGACCACGAUUAUGAGGUUUGGAUGGGCGAUUUCAAUUACCGACUUGACUUGGAAGAAAGCGGCAUUCGACACCAUUUAAACGACAUUCCGCUACUCUUUCUGGCUGACCAACUGAGUGACUCCGUUGCAAAAUCUAACGCUUUUGCUGGAUUUAUUGAAGCGCCAGUGUUGUUUGGACCGACAUAUCGAUUGGAGAAAGGGACGGACAAGUUGGACUGGAAAAGAAACCCGGCGUGGUGUGAUAGAGUCUUGUUUCGAGUGAGUCAGUUGUAUCAAAUUUCGUUGAGAGACUAUACCAGUCUUAACAUCUGUUAUUCAGACCAUUUGCCAGUGAGGUGCACCACACUAUUAAAACCACGUUUUGUGAAUGAAAAGUUGAUGAAAGAGUCGUGGAAGGAAAUACUGGGGUUAGCGAAUAAGAUAUCACUGACACUUGUUCCAGUAUUUAAAGUACAAAAGGUGGUUGAAAUUGGUGAAAUUCGCCCCUAUCAGAAGGAUUUGAUUUCAAUUCCAAUAACAAAUUGUGGAGGGGUGGACUUUGAGUAUAUUGUCAAAUUUAUAUCGAUGGAAGACGGCACUGAAAUGGAACCGCAGUGGAUUACUGUAGCAAAACGACGAGCUCUUGUGAAGACAAAAAACACAGAAAAUAUAGAGGCAGUGGUGAUGAUGACUGCGGAGAAUGUCAGAAACAUCAGAGAAGGAAAACAAUUCAUUAUUCAGGUAUCCGUGUUAAAUGGCCCGUCGUCGUUCAUCGAAGUUGUAUACACAACAAAUGAAACUUCUUUUGGGUUGAGCCCAGAAGAACUUAUUAAGCACCAAGAACCAUUUCUAAAAUUUCCAUCCACAGAAGCGUGCGGGACUCAUAAGGUCCCCAAAGAAAUAUUGAGUUUUGUCAACGUUUUGGACAGUAACAAAACUAGCAAAACACUCUUCACGACGAUUCCUUCAAAUACAAAUAUCGAUUUUUAUCAGUCAAUAUUCCUUUCCGUUGAUGCAAUGAAGGGACUGGGCUUGUAUGAUGUCAAUUUGUUAAGUGAAGCAUUCCUCAUUUAUUUGAGGGCAUUGGGGCAGUUAUUCACUAUGUCUAUUUUCAUGGUGAAUGACAUCGAUGUGCUUGAUGAAAAUUGUAGCGAGACAAAUAGGCGGGUGCUUCGUGUCGUCAUUGCGUUAUGUAAAGAGAUUGCAAUUGAAGGGCAGAAUGGCAAGAGUUUGAAGGAGUUGCUUGGUACUAUUGUUGAGUACAUGUCAAUUGGGAAGACAGAGCAAACAACUGAUGAAGAAAUUGUGUUGUUGUUGCUUACGUAUUCUCAAAAAGUGAAAACGCUUCAAGAAGAGCUUGAGUGA